CAAAGAAGAAAUCUCUACUGUAGAGGAUACAUGUACUGUAUUUGUAGUGGGAGAAGAUGUAAAAGAGGAAAGUACAGAAAAUCAAGUUCGGGAUAUGUUCGAAAAUGGAAAACCUGACAUGUUAGUUUUGGUGGUCAAUAUCUUGUUGGCCUGGAAAUCUAUGGUGAAACUAAGAAUAUUACAAGAACCAAGAUGCUCAGGUGUGAACCUAUAGGGAACAUACAAAUUUCAAUUGAGAACUAGUAGGAACAAGUGGGGAACUAGUGGGAAAUAGUGGGAACUAGUGGGAAAUAGUGGGAACUAGUGGGAAAUAAUUAGGAAUUUAUGUUUCUCAUGAAUGGAUUAUUUUUCUUUAGUUUUUGUCUACAUUUAUUAAAUAUUCCCCAGUAUCCCAUGUUCCCUAUUAAAUGCUUGUAAGAAUAUGCACUCCUACUGUCAUCAAGCAGAGUAUUGUGACUAAUAGACAUUUUUCACAAUUAUUAUUUAGAUUGUUUUGUUUACCUGUAAUAAUAUUUAAUCUGAAAUCUGAGACAGCUCUUGUGUUCUGCUCUGGAGAAUCCGAAGUUGUAAUCAAUCAAUCCACUGUGAAGAUAUCGGAGCUGUAUUCAACCAAUCAAUGACUAAUCAAUCUACUAUAAAGAUAUGAGAGCUGUAUUCAAUCAAUCAAUGUACUCUGGAGAAACCGAAGUUGAAUCAAUCAAUCCAUCCACUGUGAAGAUAUCAGAGCUGUAUUCAAUCAAUCAAUAAAUCUACUCUAGAGAUAUCGUAACUAUUUUUAAUCAAUUCAUCUACUCUGGGAGCUAAAUUAUCAAGUGUAAGGGAUUUGUUGCAGAAUACGUCGAGGAAAGAAAAGGGGUAAGUAGGACUGGUAAGUAGGUCAUCUUCCUUCUUUCUUCACUUAUCUUCCAGACUGGUUUGGUUCUGCUUGGCCCCUAUGCCUGACCUAGCGUGCAGUCAGCUGGUUUAUUCCCACAAGUUCUCCUGAUUUUAGCACAUUUUUGAUUUUAAUUUUAAACAUCCUGAUUUCUCAUUUUACCAUACGAUGCUUUAACUUGAACAACCCCUUCUUGUCGUUUACUUCUUUUUAAUUAAAUGUUUGUUUUCAGUUCUAUUUUUUAUUCAUUUUAUUUUACAAGUAUAUUUACCCCUAAAAGUAUAACAUAUUUGAAAAAUUUCAGAGAGAAUGACAGAAAUUAUGGAAGAAGACCAAGUAACCAUCAAAGAAGAAAUCUCUACAGUAGAGGAUACAUGUACUGUGUAUGUAGCGGAAGAAGAUGUGAAAGAGGAAAAUACAGAUAAUCAAGGUAUGGGUAAAGUUGUCAAGAUUGAAGACGAUCCCCUUUUCUUUGAACAAAAGAGCCUUAAAAAGAGUAAGCUGAGAGCAAAAAGAGAUGAAAGUUAUCCAUGCGUAAAUUGUGAUAAUGUGGCAAUAAAAUCCAGUAAUUUUAAGAAACAUAAUAGAAGUAAACAUGAAGGAGUGAGAACUCCUUGCGAUCAAUGUGAAUACGCUGCCACUAAAGCAGGUGUUCUUAAGAGACGUAUAAAAAAUAAACAGGAACGAGUAAGAUAUUCCUGUAAUCAGUGUGAAUACGUUGCUACAAGUGUGAGGAAUUUGAAGUUACACAUUGAAUCAAAACAUGAAGGAGUGAGAUAUCCUUGCGAUCAAUGUAAAUACGCUGCCACUACUUCCGGUAGUCUGAAGAUACACAUUAAAUCUAUGCACGAAGGAGUGAGAUAUUCUUGUUCUCAUUGUGAAUACACUGCCACUACAGUAGGUAAUCUGAAGAAUCAUAUUGAAAAUAAACAUGAAAGAGUGAGAUAUCCCUGCGAUCAGUGUGAAUAUGUUGCUACUGGUGUACAGAGUCUGAAGUUACACAUUGAAUCUAAGCAUGAAGGAGUGAGAUAUCCCUGUGGCCACUGUAUGUAUGCUGCUACUGAUCCAAGAAAUCUAAAGAAACAUAUUAAAGCUAAACAUGAAGGAGUGAGAUUUCAAUGUGACCAAUGUGAUCACGCUGCCACUACAGCAAGUCGUUUGAAGAGACAUAUUGAAUCUAAACAUGAAGGAGUGAGAUAUCCUUGUUCUCAUUGUGAAUACACUGCCACUACAGCAGGUCAUCUGAAGAAUCAUAUUGAAAAUAAACAUGAAGGAGUAAGAUAUCUCUGUCAUCAAUGUGAAUAUACUGCUACGUCAGCAAAUCGUCUGAAGGGACAUAUUAAAAAUAAACAUGAAGGCGUGAGAUAUCCUUGUUCUCAUUGCGAUUAUACUGCCACUGAACCAAGUAAUCUGAAGAAACAUAUUGAAAAUAAACAUGAAGAAGUGAGGUAUCCCUGUGAUCAGUGUGAAUAUGUUGCUACGGGUGUACAGCGUCUGAAGUUACACAUUGAAUCUAAACAUGAAGGAGUGAGAUAUCUUUGCGAUCAAUGUGUAUACGCUGCCACUACUUCCGGUAGUCUGAAGAUACACAUUGAAUCUAAACACAAAGGAGUGAGAUAUUCUUGUUCAUAUUGUGAAUACGCGGCAACUCAAGCAGGUAGUCUGACGAGACAUAUUGCAAGUAAGCACUAAGUAGCGAGAUAUCAAUGCGAUAAAUGCGAGUACGCCGCCACUACAGCCGGUAUUCUAAAGAUACAUAUUGAAAAUCUCAUGAAGGAGUGAGAUAUCUCUGUGAUCAGUGUAAAUACAUUGCCACCAAAUGCUGUUAUUUAAAAACUUAUCAAAGAAUGCAACAUAUCAAUCAAGAAAGGCUCUGCAUUGUAUUCUUUAAAUUGUCACUUCUCUAUAAUUAGUUACUCUUAAUUUAGAAUUUAAUUUAUUAAUCUUUUUCUGGUUGUAUAUUUUCCAUAUCAGAACCCAAGUGUGUUCCCUUGCUCCCCUCGUCAUUCUUAUUUUCUUUUAAAAAAAUUUAUCCUUACUUUUUUUGCAUAAGAUUUUUUUCUUACAAAUUACAUCUUUGAACAAUAUAGAAAUUAUUAGUAUUUAUUCAACUGAAAAAAUACGUUAAUUCAGAAAAAGAAAAUAUACAAUACAUUUAAUACAUUCAAUAUU